AUGCCUUUCAAAAUUGCCAGAUUUUGGAAGAAGAAGUACCCCCAACUUCUAGUUGCACUUCAAACCAAAAUUGAUGCAGAAACUCCUUCCUCAAACGAUGAGCCACCGUCUUCAAAUGACGAACCGCGGUCAAAGAAUGAGCUUCCCGGUCUCUUACGCCUACCACUUGAGAUUCGUCAAAUGAUUUAUGUGCAAUUGCUCAAAUGCAGACCCAUGGAAAUACAGUUUCCAUAUCGCCCAACGAGGAAUUCCCGUCCUCUUCGCAUACACAUUUCUCGGGAGUGUGAGAUAUACACGGGUUUCUCAACCCAUAUUUUGCUGCCCGAAUGUCACAUCGAAAAGCUCACCAUCGGCCUCCUCCGCGUGUGCCAACAGAUCAGUGAUGAAGCUCUCGACGUUCUGUACAGGCACAAUGAAUUCGCUUUACUUUUUUACAGUCCUUCAUGGUUCAACCACAGCGCUCCAUGUAUAUUGAAUGCCGGUAAUAUGAAGCGUAUUCGUGGUAUACACAUGAUAUGCGAGCGGCGAAUCCUACUGAAAGAAUAUUCAAUAAUGAAUCUCGAAUUAUGGGUUCCGCUAUUGGUGAACGUAAGUCGAUUCGAAAUUUUCGUGCAAAAUCCUCUUGCUAGAAGUAAAUUUGAUGUAGAGGAGGGAAUUGAGUGGAUUGAACCACUUUUAAUGAGUGUGGCUGAAAUCUCAGGAACAAGACCUCGUGUUACAGUUGAUGAUGAUGAAAGGAGUGCUUCGACAAUCAAUCUUGUAACGAAGUGUUUUGGCACUGGAUAUGGAAAUUUGGUCCUCUCUAUGGAAGAGAGUUAA